AGUGUGGUGCAGCUGUCGAGGUACGGUUUUCCGAACAGCUCUCCCGGUAGUUCCCGGUGGUAGUGCUCCCGGUUCGCUGCCAACAAGUGCCGUAGUGUGGUUUAGAACAACCGCUUUAGGAUCUAACAGAAGCAAUUCGUUUGGUGGUGUCGAUUAAUUGUCUUUUUUUUGUGGCGUUGAGUUUAGUGGUUUGAGAAGAAGGUAACAAUGGGACGGAGGUUGUCUGGCACCACCAGUGUGUCACUACUGUUCGUGGUGUUAGCCUGCUGCCCGUUACCGUCCACGCGGGGCGAGAUGCGCAAAUCGUGGCAGGCGAAAAGUGUCGAUGUGCAGGCGCAGCUGCUGAAAGCGGCCCGACUUGAAGAUCCCCCAAAUGCGAAGCCUCCGGAACCGAGCGAACUGGAAACGCGGUCAGCAGUGCAGGAAGCGGCGACCGGCCAGACCGGUCCGAUGCUUAGCCCCACCGACAGUGUACGAGUGGCGGAAGAGCUUAAGGUUAAGCCUGCGCCAGUGUUUAGCAGUCGUGUGCGGACCAGGUACGGUACCGUUGUUGGAUCGCCGGCCGUUCCGGAUAAGGCGGUCGAGGCUGUUGAGGUGGUAACGACACCAGCACCACAGGCAGAUGAUGAAGUGCGUGCCGUUCCACUGGUUUUGGAGCACAGCCCGGACGACAUACAGAUCGACGACGCGACCGUGCAGGAUGAUGAAGACGACGACGACGACGACGACGAGGAUGAAGAUGAUCCGCUCGGUUGGAAUGCAGACAAGGCGAAGCAGUACGAUCUGAUCGAAAACAUCCUGGAGGAGGUGGAGGGUCGUGUAGCUGGGGAAGGGCGCGACGAAGCGACGGAUGAGCUUGCGGGCUCCGGUGCGAAAAAGCCAACCGAGCGCGUUAAGCAGUACACGUUCCCGCCGGUACUGAAUAUGACCAUCGACGAGCCGAACAACAUUGUCAAGGUGAAGCUAAACCAGGACAUUGUGCGAGACAUGCUAAACACGGGACGUGAGGCGGGCGGCGGUAUCGGGGGCAAGAAGAUGCUUCGCUACGUGCUGCCACUGUUCAUACUGCCCUUCCUGAUCCAGUCCGCCGUGAUACCGUUCAUGCUGACGGCGGUCAAGCUGUUCCUGCUCAAGUCGCUGAUGGCGGGCAAGCUGGCCAUCUUCCUGCUGCUGCUCGGGGCGUUCAAAAACUUUACCAAAAAGGACCGGGACGUGUACGUGAAGGAUCUGCCCGACCGGCGGUAUGAACCGUCGAGCGAAGGGUUCGCCUAUCUGGCCGAGGGGCGGCCGAGCGGCUGGGUGAAUUAGCCGCCACGCGAAUCUAUUUAUGCGACAGACAAACAGAUCGAUGACUGUGCGUGUGUGAGAGUUUGUGUGUGUGUGUGUAGACAAAGAGCGUAUUAUGGUAGGAAAUAUGGUAGAUUUAAUGCAAAGCAUGGCUCUAAGCCGGUACAAAACACAAUAAACAUAAACAAACAACGUUGAUACUCGGUUAGUAAUCGAAUCCGAACUCGAAGCUAGAAGGAAGGUAGGUCAAGGGACGGUGUAGCUUGAUCGUUGGUUCUCAUUUCCGGGCUAAGUGCUCGUACACGGAAUGGGAACGAAGCUUGGCGAAUGCAAUGGAGUAUAUCUCUCCAACAGCCAACGGCCUAAUUGAACCCCAAUUUUCGUGCCUCAUUUCAAGAUUGAGGUAUGGUUAGGGUGUGAUUAAAAAAAAAACAGUUCUAGCGGACCCUUUAAUUGACGAUGAGAUAUGUUUUACUGCUUGGGGGUGGUGAAUAUGGCUGAGUUUUAUUGAUUGUUUGCUAAAUCAACACGUGGCCUUCGGUACUACCAACUAAUAUGUAAGAAACCAGAUAAAAUCGUGGAAUGAUUCAAAGAUAGAGGUCGAUAUAAACUCAUUCUGUGGAAUACAAAGGUGAUUUUUCUUUUCAAUGCAGUAGGCCUCCGCUCCAGCAAUCCAUACUUUUAAAUCAUCAUCUCUAUCAAAAUUCAUCUUUCCAUUUCCAUAUUAUCAUGCAUAAUUGAUACUAUAUCUCG